AUGGGCAACCGCAGCUCCUCAUCCGCGAAGCGUCGCGCCCGAGCGGCACCCAAGAAGCCCGUCAAACCUCAGCUUCCAGUGGUCAAGAUGGAACCUCGCACCUUCUCCAGCUUGCCCAACGAGGUGAUUGUCCUCAUCGCCAAAGAAUCCAUCGCCGAGGGCGGCCAUCGCCACCUUCGCAGUUUCUGCCAAACGAACCGCCGCAACUUUGAGCUGUCUCAGCGAGAGCUCUAUCGCUACAUGGUCAUUCAUCAUGAGCUCCAGCUUCUCUUUCUCGCGAGAAGCCUCAUCGAGAACCCUUCGCUUCGUGGCAUGAUUCGCACCUUCAUUGCCCGCGCCAAUCAGUGGCAUUGCCGUCAGCGUGACUCUGACCCCUCUAUCCGCGAUUGGCACAACAUUUCCGUCGACGAGUCCAAGCUCUCCCAACUCGACCGUCAGCUUCUCAUCCUGAGCAGAGCCCACAGCACCCAAAAGUCUGUUGACAACAUCCAGUGCGUCUUUGGCCUGCUGCUUUUCUUCAUCAACCAAGUAGAGCAUGUCACCAUCGAGGUGGACUGGUACUGGCCCGUUUUAGACAGUUUUCUGGCUGCUGGUCUCGCUUCUUCCACUCCCUUGCCCGCCGACGAUUCGGUGGACGUCAACCUGUACUCGGCCCUCCUGCCGAAUUUGAAGACCCUCUCCCUGGCCACCAAACUCUACCUUCGCAAGGAGCUUCGGUUGAUUCAGGCUAGACCUUUCCACCCUUUCAACGCCCUCACGGCUUCGACCAACCUUCGCAUCUUCGUCUUUGAUGGAGACAUGGAUAAAUGGGGCGAUCUGGAUGACAUUGGUUCGCCCAUGAAGCUGACCUUUACGACAGUCAAGCUGGCCGCCAGCCAUUGCUCUGCAUCGAGCCUCUGCAAAUUCCUUCGUCACUGCCCCGACCUACUGCGCCUCGAGGUUGCGCCCCAGGGAUAUGCUGCCGAUUACGGAAAAGAGGAGAAUAUCAACGCCGUCUUGCCCAAGUACUGUCCCCAGCUUCGAGAGCUUUCUCUUCGUCUCGGAGGAACCUCCCGAAACUUCUUCCGUUCCGAACAGAGAACCCUUAGUUGUCUUCCUCAGUUGGUCAACUUGAAGGAGCUGCGCAUCGAAGUCAAUUCCUUCCUCAUCCGCAACACACACCUCAACACGCUUAUACUCCCCAACAAACUUCCCGAGCAGUUGGAGAAACUCUUCCUCGAUGCCUCAAUGGCUUUGGGCCCUUUCCCGGCGCUCGGUGGAAGAAUGACGGCCCGCUCCCCCGAGGCCAGAACCUACAAGCGCGCCGUCGACAGCAUGAUCCAGGAUCUCUGCAAGGCCCGAGAGGACCAGCUUCUUCAACUCAACACUAUCGUCGUCGGUGCCAAGUACGUGAAACCUGUGUUGUGGACCAGAAACGCGAACAAGACCUUGGCCGGAACCGGUGCCCGCCUCAAGGUGACGAGCGGCGUCGAGAUUCACAGGCUGUGGGACUUGUCCUGGGACGCGAUGAAGAUUUGA